CUCGCGACGCAAACUGCGAUCCACAUUUCUGUUGUUGUGUAUGCACUUUUUCCUAUUCUCCGGUGGAUACGCGAACGCACCACAGUCAACAAACAUGGCGCCGGCCAAAAAGCGCAACGUGAGUUCUAAAGCAAAUGUAAAAAAGAUCAAAAUUGACUUGGAAGGUACCGUUGAGCGUAUACUUACAAGUAGAAAACACGCCAACGAUGUUUUUGACAUUCUGGAGUUUCUUCAGUCAGAAAAAGAGAAAGACAUUACCUGCGCUGUUGAUGCCUGCUGCAAGCUGUUCUGUACAUUUCUGAAGAGAAAGGAUCUAUUUAUCGGAAAGCUCCCUGGUGAGGAUGAGGCGAUAAAAGGUGAGCACAGCCCAGAUGAAAAGUACAAGAUUUUUAUGCGUCAUCGUUACAACAACUGUGUGGAGAUACUGCUUGAGCAUCUCAACCAUGAAACACAUGAGGUUAAGGAAAGUUCGCUGUGCUGCCUGAUGAAAUUUGCUGCUGGACAAGGACUGCAUCCUCUGGAAGACCUGGACUGGAGUGAACACUUCAGCUUCCCAAGAGAACUGGUCCAAGCCGUGGUGCACAACAUUCUGUCUCAGAGCUCCGACAACUCCCUACUGAUCUCCAGGUUCCAGGAGUUCCUUGAGAUGGAAGAUGUACGUUACUACGUCAUGAGCUCCAUCCGUGACAACGUGGCCACAGUCAUGGACAAAAGCAAAGGGGUUGUCUUGCCUGUAUAUCAGUCCAACGUGUUCACUCUUAUGUUGAACAUCAACAUGCCGAGCCAGGACUCUGAGCUUACCAACUUUAUGGUCAAACAGGAAGCCAAGCAUGAGGAUUGGAAGGCUGCAAAGCUGCAUGAUCACAAACGUGCCUUUGAGAAAAUGUGGCUGGGCUUUCUUAAGUAUAAGCUGCCCAGCAGCAUGUAUAAAAAGAUUUUAGUGAUCCUUCAUGACUCCAUCUUGCCUCACAUGAGCAAACCCACACUGAUGAUUGACUUUUUGACAGCUGCCUAUGAUGUUGGUGGGGCGAUCAGUCUGCUGGCCCUAAAUGGCUUAUUUGUCCUCAUCCAUCAACACAAUCUAGAUUAUCCUGAUUUCUAUAAAAAGUUGUAUAAUCUUCUCGAGCCAUCUGUUUUCCAUGUGAAGUACAGGGCGCGCUUCUUUCACCUGGCUAAUCUUUUCCUUAGCUCCAGUCACCUGCCAGUAUACCUGGUGGCUGCGUUCGCCAAACGACUGGCUCGUCUGGCCCUUACAGCUCCGCCCACAGCUCUUCUUAUAGUGCUGCCUUUCAUCUAUAACCUAAUCCGGCGCCAUCCAUCCUGCAGAGUUCUGAUUCACAAGCCCAGCUCAGAAGAUGAGCUUCUUGACGAUCCGUAUGUGAUGGAAGAAGUGGAUCCAGCUCUUUGUCAUGCCUUAGAGAGCAGCUUGUGGGAAAUUAAGACACUGCAGAAGCAUUAUCAUCCAGAUGUGGCCAAAGCUGCAAUGUUGAUCAACACACCUCUGUCAGAACAAGAAGAUGACAUCAGUGAGGUGCUGGAGAUAACCUCCUAUGAGUUGAUGGAGCGAGACCUGAAGCCGACUAAAAGCAAGAGUUUCCCACUGGAGUUUGAAACAGCUGCACAUUUACUAGAACGAAGAGGAGAAGUGUUGGGACAACACUUCUGUCUGGCUUAAAGGAUUAUUAAAAUAUGUCAUUCCCUGUGUGCUGUCUCGUUCUUAAAGCUGGUAAUGUAUCGUGGAUCAAUGUCUGAAGAGGUUUUGAGCCAUGCAGGAGAAUAGACAGACUUCAUUUACAAAACUGCUAUUAUAAAUAUAGUUUUUCUUAUUAUUAUUUUAUAAAAGAUUUUAGAAACAGAAAUGUAUUUUUUUUUUCAACUUGUACUGAUGCUUUUCUGCCUACCCAUCCACUGUUUGUUUUGGGUUCAAUAAAUAUUGAACUGCAGCACAUCGACAUCGCAG